AAACCCCAACGUUCGCUAUUCAUUCUACCGUUCCACCUUCCCUCCUCUCCUCUCCGAUUCGAAUGGAACCCACCCGAUCGAGCGGCAGUGCUGCGGUCGAUGACGGCGAUGGCGAGGGGGGUCGCGGUCGAGGAGGUGGAUGCGUCUAUUGCGCCGCCGGUAGGAGGCGGAGGUCGCAGCCACUCGCGAGGGGAAGAGGCGCUUCUUUCUCGAGAGCCAAGAGAGCGGAGAGGGAUGACACCUCUCCUUUUUCUUCUUCUUCUUCUUCCUCCUCGUCAUCCUCCGUCCGUCAGCUGCCGCAGCAGAGAGGGGUGCGUUUGAGGAAAAGAAACCGUGGUCUCUGGGUGCCUCCUGGCGGCCGUGGUAAUGACUGCGUCCAGGAUCUUGCUCUUCCGCUUGGCAUGUCCUUUGCUGCCGUCGUUGCGCAGGUUUUAUAUGGAAAGAACAUCACAGGAGAUAGGAUACAAAUAGAUUGCCUUUCAAUGGUCUGUACUUCAGCGGUGAAAGAAUCUAUAACAAAUGUAUAUGGAAACAAGUUUGAUUGUUUCAUAAGAAACUUUGAUAAGUCAUUUCAGAGUACAUUGAAGACCCUUGGUUUGAUUAACGAAGUUUCUUUUAAUAAGCAAGAAAAUACUGAUUGCAGUUCAUUCCUGUGCAACAGUAGUGAAAAUACAGCUGACUUAAGCAGCUCUGAACCCAUCGUGACCACUGAAGAUUUGGAAGAAAAUAUAAUAUCGAAUUCUGUGAACAGUCAACUCAUUCUUCACGGGUAUACAAAUAAGGAUCUUGCAAAUGUUAAUCGUACCACAUAUGGUCUUGGGUUCAGUCAGUCUAUUCUGAGUACAGUGGAGAAAUCUGUUAUUGAACAGACUCGCUCUAAUGACCUCAAGGCGGUUGAGAUAGGUCUGGUCAUGAAAAAGUUGCAACUGAAGGAAGCUCAGCUGGCUCUUAGUUCUGAUGCAAAUUUCUUAGAGAAGUUUAAGAUAUCAAUGGGUAUCUCAAAGGCUUCCUUUAAAGAAGCGAAAUUAAGGAAUCAAAUGCAGGAGACCAUGAAUGCACAACUCUUGAAAAUAUGCAUGGAUCUCCUAAUCACUGGGUUGAUUAUCAUGUGCAGCUUGAUUGUAUAUGGGGCAUCCGUCUACUCUUAUCAACGUAUCACGGAGGUCACAUCUGCCUGCACUUCUGCCCCUAAGGAGUCCAGAUCUUGGUGGAUUCCAAAUACGGUGAAAUCUUUUAGUUCAGGCUGGCUGGUGCUGAAAUGUCAAUUUGUGGCCCUAGCCCGUGUGUCUUUUGGAAUAUUAAUGAUUUUAGCAAUGGCUUUUGUGGUUUUCCAACGGUCCGCAACGUCAGCUACAACUAUGCCUGUGACAUUUAUUGUUCUGCUACUAGGUGCUCUUUGUGGCUUUUCUGGUAAGCUAUGCAUUGACACAUUAGGUGGAAAUGGAUACCACUGGCUAAUUUAUUGGGAAGCACUGUGCAUGCUCCACUUCAUUGUCAAUGUGUUCCCAUCUGCAUCUUACCAUGUUCUUUAUGGCCCGGUGUCCAUCUCGGAAGGAGCCAAUUCAAUCAAGUUACCGUAUCGGAUAAGAAGAUUUACAUUCUAUGCUCUUCUGCUGCUGGUUCUUCCCGCAUCAGGUGGUUUAUUGCCAUUUGCUUCAAUCUAUGACUGGAAGGUGCACUUCUCUGAGAAGUUAGCUUUAUGGACUUCAGGCAUUGGGUUAUGAAGACUGAGAUAUGUUGGAAUUGUAAUUAUGUCUCAUGAAAACAGUUGUCCUCCUCCUUUAUGUUUUGCUGGGCAGUGGGGCCCAUCCGUUGGUGAAGAUGUAUCAGGUGAUUAUCUAGAGAUAUUAUUUAUGCUAAUGAUGUGUUUCAAUGUAGUUUCCUAUUUAUUAUAUAGGAAUCCGAGAAGAAUUCUUGA